AUGGAUCACAGUCACGUCCACGCCUGCAAUCCGUACCUAUGGGUGGGAACGGCUGUUGCGCGUAUAUCUCCACCUGAAGGUCACGUCCACGCCUGCAAUCCGUACCUAUGGGUGGGAACGGCUGUUGCGGUCGGUUAUGCCGUUUACAUGACAUUGAAAUGCAAGAGCGCUUCCGCCGCGGCCAACAGCGCCGGCAACAAGUCGUGUGUGAAUGAGUGCGUGAAGAAGGACGCGGACAAAGUGGUGGACUCUUUCGACAUCGAGGACAUGGGCGCGAAGACGGUGUUCUGCCGGUGCUGGCGCUCCAAGAAGUUCCCCUUAUGUGACGGCGCGCACAACAAACACAAUGAGGACACCGGCGAUAAUGUCGGGCCACUUAUUGUCCAGAAGAAAGGCAACUGA